UUUUUGAAAUAUCACAUGUACUAAACCAGUAGAACAAACAUGGAAUACUGGGUCCAAAAUCCUUAUUUAACUUUCAGCCGUUCAGGACAAACACUACAAUACUUGAAAAGGAAACAACUGAUUAAUCUUCAGGACUUAAUCCUUUCAUUAAUCUUCCCGCUGCAAAAUGAUCAUAUUAUAUAAACACAGUAUUAAUAGCUCGUACUUUUGUUUGACCUCUCAAAACUUUCCAUAUAUAGUUUAAAAGACGCACCAAUUACUAGUUUUGCAGUGUCAUUUCUUGAAUCGAGUGUCCUCUUAUAAUAUUCACUUCAACAACUUCCUACUUCAUUGUGUUUCCCACCAGUCUUCUACAGUUCCAUCCAUUGUUUUCUCACUCAUUUACGCCCCCUUUUGCAGUCAAAGAUUCUUCCUAAUUUAGUGACUAGUUGUCCAAAGGAUUUUCACUUUCUUCACUUCUGAUUUUUGUAGCCAUGACAUCAAAAACACUUUCUUCUCCAAACACCAGUCUAAGAUGGACACCCCAGAAGAACAAACUGUUUGAAAAUGCCUUGGCAAUAUAUGAUAAGGACACCCCUGACCGUUGGAACAACAUAGCUAUGUUUGUUGGAGAAACAGAAGCUGAAGUCAAGAGGCAAUAUGAGAUGCUCCUUGAGGACAUAAAAAGCAUUGAGUCAGGCAAAGUUCCCCUCCCUGCUUACAGGAGAAAUGCUGGAUGUACCAAAGUAAGCAUCAGCAAUGCAGAGCAAAGGUAACAUAUGUUGUUCCCUCGUUAGCAUUAUUGUGGAAACAAAUUUAUGAUUCCACCAAAAGUAGAGUUGUUCCUCUCUCUCGAUGUAUGAAACUAUCAGUUUCCAAUAAGUAUGACUUCACUGAUUUAUGUUAUACCACAGUUUUCAAAUCACGACUCCCCUAAAGGAAAGUGAUCAAUGGCUAUUAUCUACUACCUGACUAGUAUGGCCUGAUGUUGAUCCUCAUAUCCCAUGAGAAUAAUAUUUUUUACAAUAAUUAUUGACUACAAAAUGCAGGACAAUUAGGAAAAGUUGUUUGCCUACCCCCACCACAAAAACUGUGCGAACGAGUGAUGCAUUUAGUUUGAAUGCGAAUAAUACCAGUCAAUUCACUCUCUUAGUCUCAUGCAUAUCGUUAGAGAUAUAGAUCAAUUUCAA